GUGUCCAAACCCAGUAAGGCUUAAUUUGAGCAUGCUCAGAACGUACUAAUUCCAAUACUACUUUUAUUUUUUUCUUUGACUUUUUUGUUGUUUAUUGUUGUUUGUUUGAUAUUAUGAGAGAAGGGUGAUGAUAACCAUAGACCUGGAAGUGGGUCUUACUCGACACAGAAAAGGGUCUGUCCACGGAGGACAAGCUAGUUAUGUAAUCUAAUGAUGUAGGAAUUCGUCACCCGAGUGCUCAGGUCUGAUUCUCGUCAACAUGCUAACGGCUGUGCUACUGCUCCUCUGCGCGCAUGCUGUGGAUGGCGCACAGAACCGCUCGGAGGCGCAGACUGUGUCCGCCGGCGUCGUGUUGAAAGAGGGAACCGACGCGCUGAUCGAGUGCAACCUGACGGAGGUCCGCGGUGAUGUCAAGUGGUACGGUCCUGGCGGACGUCUGCUAGUCGAGGUCCCAGGCGGUAAGUGGCUUAUCCAAGAAAUGGGGCAACUCAACAUCACGGCCGUUUCCUUCGAGGACCGCGGCCGGUACACGUGCGUGACGGAGGGCGGCAACUACAGCGUGACCGUCCGCGUGGCGUACACCCACAGCGGCCUGGGCGUGUACUACGUGGGCGUGUGCCUGGCCGCCUUCUCCAUGACCAUGGUCCUCAAUGUGGCCCUACUGAGCAUGGUCCGCAGCCACCUGAGGAAGACGGAGCGAGCCAUCAACGACUUCUUCCGCACCGACGGCGCCGAGAAGCUCCAAAAGGCCCUGGAAAUCGCCCGCCACAUCCCCAUCGUCACGUCGGCCAAGACGCUGGAGCUGGCUAAGGUCACGCAGUACAAGACCAAAGAGUUUGCGCGGCACAUGGAGGAGUUGGCCCGCAGCGUCCCGCUGCCGCCGCUGCUACUCAACUGCCGCGCCGGCGCCGAAGGGGUGGGCGGCGGCGAGCCCGCCGAGGCGCGCGACGACGGGGGGGCGGCGGCCGCGGGGUUGAUGGCGGGCGAUGAACGAGCAAGCGAGGGUGCCCGCACGGAUGCGUCGGUUCGCACGGCGUGACGAGGAGGAGGAGGAGGCCCUCGUCAAGGAACUUUGGGCGGGGGGGAAACGCCACGUUUAAUGAGUGAUUAGCAUUGUACCCUCAAAGACUGAAAAGCAUUCAAAACAAUUCAUGAUAACAAACCGAGGUGGUGAAGAUUUAGCGAUUAGUAUGAUUUUGUGGAAAAAUGUGAAAUUGACCAAGAUUUUGUCACAGGCGCUUUCGGCCCCACACACGUGAUGAGGAUGAAACCAAGUCAACUCAAUUGCAAUAAUUGUGGUCGUUUUUCACGUGGAUAAAUAAUAAAUGCGCUUGAGUAUUGUUGUUUGCUUUCUCUGCAUGUGUUACUACUGCUUGGUUUCAAAGGUUUAUAAUUACCUCGACUUCAGCGCUAGUUUCGUUAGCCUGUCCAUCUGUGGCGUUUUGUAUCGUGUGAUAGCGUCAAGCUAGUGGACCUACGUAAGUCAGUGUUGAUGUGAUUUGAAUAAAUACAUAUUUUGUCGUUUUCA